CAGCAGCCGUUUUAAAACUCAGCCCUGCUAACCAUCUGAAACAUCCGCUGCAGAUCUUCGAAGAUGCGCCCGGUUCAACGUUUUUAAUCAACCCGGCCCCUUCAGCGCCUUCAGGGCCGAUGAUACCGGCAUGUGUUUUAGAGGAUGGAAACGGACGAAGUGUCGAUUAGAGAGCAACUUUUCCACAACCGCGUCCGGGAGACGAUAAUCUGUGUCCUCCUGUUUACGUGCCUUUACAUGGUGUGCUACCUCGUCCUCACACACUUCAAAAAGACUGCAGAGUUUGUCACAGACGAUAUCGAAGAUGCAACCGUCAAUAAAAUUGCACUCUGGUUGUGCACGUUCACCUUGUCUGUCGCAGUGUGUGCUGUGCUGCUUCUCCCCAUUUCCAUCCUGUCGAAUGAGGUGCUGCUCACCUUCCCACACAGCUACUACAUGCAGUGGCUCAACGGAUCCCUUAUCCACGGGUUGUGGAAUCUAGUGUUUUUGUUCUCCAACUUGUCCCUCGUCUUCCUCAUGCCUUUUGCAUAUUUCUUCACCGAGUCUGAGGGAUUUGCUGGAUCCAGAAAGGGAGUAAUGGCGCGAGUGUAUGAAGCUGUUGUCCUGCUGAUCCUGCUAGCUUUCCUUGUGCUGGGUAUUGUGUGGGUGGCAUCAGCUCUCCUCCAUGACAACAUUGCCCGAAAGAGCCUCUAUGACCUGUGGGAGUAUUACCUGCCAUACCUGUACUCGGGGAUCUCUCUGUUUGGAGUCAUGCUGCUUCUCCUGUGCACCCCAUUUGGGUUGUCUCGAAUGUUCAGUGUUACCGGCAGCCUGCUGGUCAAACCUCGGCUUCUGGAGGAUGUAGAAGACACUCUGAGCUGCACCGUGUUUGAAGAAGAUUCGCUCUACAGGAAGCUGCAUUGUGGCAGUCCAUCAUGUUGGGUCACACUGAACAUGGAGGCCAUGAGAAAAAAGUACCAGGCAGUUCAGAGCAGGCGUGUCGCCCUGGAGAUGCGAAGAAAGGCGUCGCCCUGGCAGCGAAACUUGGGCUAUCCUUUGGCAAUGCUUAUGCUUCUUGCAUUAACGGUGAUGUGUGUGCUGAUGGUCUGUUUCAAUGUGUUGGAGUUGCUGCUGGAUGAGACGGCCAUGCCCCGGGGAAUGGAGGACCCUCACCUGGGAAUGGCCUCCUUCUCCAUGUUCGGCUCACUGGGUGCUGCAGUUCAAGUAGUCCUCAUCCUCUACCUAAUGUUGUCCUCAGUAGUGGGCUUUUACAGUUCUCCUCUCUUCUGUGGCCUCUUGCCUCGUGUGAAAGACACUAACCUCACACAGAUCAUUGCAAACUGUGUUUCACUGCUCAUUCUGAGCUCCGCACUGCCAGUGUUUUCACGCACACUUGGGAUCACCCGCUUUGAUUUGCUGGGAGACUUUGGCCGAUAUAAUUGGCUGGGGAACUUCUACAUUGUGUUUCUGUACAACAUGCUGUUUGCUGGUCUCACCUCUGCCUCCCUUACGAAGACGGUCACCUGGGCGGUACGCAGAGAGCUCAUCCGUGCCUUUGGACUCGACAGGUUGCCUUUAACCGUGUCACGGUCUACCAUUCCAGUUAAACUCCUCCUGGCCAGUGGGCUGUCUAAAAUCCAGUGACUUUUUUUUUUUUUGUGUGUGUAAUCCUCUGCACUGGCAACUCUAACCUUUUUAAAGGCCGAACUACUUUGAAUUGAAUAUGCAGCCAGCUACUCAGGCCUCCUCCUGGCUGUUAGACCGUUCCUGCAUUAAAAUGAUGGAUGAAGACAGACCUCCACUGUGUAUUCAGUGGGAGCACAGCAUAUUGGUGUUUCAUGAACACUUCAUCUGGAUCCAGAACUGUGCUGCUAUGUGACUUUAACUAGAACAUUCAGCCAAGUCAUUGUGGGCAAGACCAGACAAGGGAGAAAAAAGGAAUGAAGCCAUAUUGAGAGUCCUGCCUUCCUGAACAAUAUAAGUCAGCAGUAUUAUUGUAAAACUUUACAUUAAAGCUGUAUCGUCAAUACCUCUUCCUAAAGGAGGGUCACUUCAUUCUCCGGUGAAUUCCUUGCAAGUUGCACAACUAUUGUAAGAUUGGGAAACUUCUGCUUCCAUGUGUUUGUGGGUCCAGCUUUUUAACAGGGUUUUACUGUAAAUAAGUGGAAGUUGUUUUGUAGAAGGAAAAGAGACGCAGAAACUUUGCUGUAUGUCAAUCCAGAGGUUACACAGGGAAUUUUUAAUAGUUUGCCUCUUUUCCAGGCAAACAUUUCCAGGAGAAUUUUGUGAGAGACUUUUAGAUGGCAGUAAGCCUGCUGUGUGUGACGAGCUGUACCUUUUUGGAGAAAAAAAAAUAUUUGUCUUAACCUUGUACCUUUUUUUUUUUUUUUUUAAAGCAAGCAUUCCUCGUGAGGAACUGCUGGCUUGACCAAUCAAACUGUGAAUCAUUAAGAAUCUGUGUGGGGUUGUGCAAUAUUUUAUGCAUAAAGGCACACGUUGGAACUCUUCCAAGUCAUUUUAGAACCUGCUUUACCUGUUUUAUUUAUCUUAUUUGUUUAUCCUUGAUUUUUUUUGUUUUGUUGAAUCCUUUUUUCUUUUCUUUUUUCAAAUCAAAAAACCUAAUUUGACCCUGAGGGCUUUCAGUGUUUCUUAUCCUUAAUAUCAGCAUUACGCCAGCAUCUGUUGUGUGGAUAAUGAUCCUGUGUCACUGCUUUUUCUCCUGCAUCAGCAGCUUGUUUGCUGUUGGUUUGACCAGCAGGUGGCGCUGCAUCUCAAACUCAACAACCCUGUUUAUUUUGUUGGUUGUAAUCUACAUGUCAUGUACAUGAGCUACCAAGUUUACCCACUGAUGUUCAGAGAAUGUUCUUUCUUGCUUUUGAAACAGGAAGUGUGUAUUAUUUUCUAUUUAUGGGUAUUUGGGUUUCAUACUUUACACUUUAAUCAUUACUCUGUUAGGUAUCAGUAAAUAUUUAAAGUAAUACUGCAAGUAAAAAAAAAAUCUGUUUAAAAACUUGUUUCACAUUUCCUCUACUUGUUUUUUAAGUGUCAUGUUUUACAGUUUUAUGAGCAUAAAGCAAUAAAAAUGUUUGACUUUUUAA